AUGGCUCCUGCAGCCGCGUUGGAGGGUCAUGAUGUCUCGACUCCGCGGCUGUCGGCGGCAUCGCCUCUGCGGCGCCGCGUGUCGAUGGAGGAGGACUUCUUUUACCACGAGGUGAUGACGGCGCCUGCGCACCACCACCACCAACACCGGCCAUCUUCCCCUCCAGCGUACACACUGCCACGCUUCGGAUAUGACAAAAAGGGCGAGCCUGUGGUCAUGGCCGAGGCCGAACCCCUCCCGCAGUACACGUGCGACGUGCAGAUCGAGGGGGUUUUCAACAUGAAGAUGGAAAUUAUAGACACGAUCAAGCGUGCACCAGCCCGGAAUUGGCGCGCCAUGUUUGUCAAGCUGGAGGGAACCAAACUGAGCAUACAUUCUAUCAAAAAGGACUGGGGCCUGGGUAGGUCCAAAAGGCAUGGCGCCCAAGUCUUUGCAGACAAUCCACCGUGGGUUCAAAAGGGCACGCUCGAGAAGACCUAUACACUAUUACAUGCCGACGUUGGUAUAGCCGCAGACUAUGAAAAGCGGAGAUAUGUCAUCCGGGUUCGAGCAGAAACAGACCAGUUCUUGCUCUCAUGCAUAGAACUCGAGACCUUUGUUCGAUGGCUGGAUGCCAUGUUUGCAGCCAUCAAUAUCUCACCAACCAUCGACGAGCGGGACUUCCCCCGGGACCAAAGCAUACCGCGCCGGGCCCGUCUGCAAUACUUCCGGGCCGGUGCACAUCUCACGCGGCAGAACAGCAGAGCCUCGGACGCGUCCAGGCCAGCACCCGUCAUCCACCAUUCGGCCGUCACCCCAAGGAUACCCGUACGGCAGACCAGCGAGGUGGGACCGAGCAACAGCAAUCCCGACCGGCAGACACAUGCCACCGCCAUGGCUUCCCCAGAGGCUGCACCCUUGUCACCCAUCAGAGAAUCAUCGACGACCAUGGGCGCAGUAGGACCUAUAGGAGCCCCUCUUCAUACGCGUCUGGCAGCAGCACAAAAUGCUCAGCCAUCUACCGAUGACCGUCCGGGGCAGUUGCCCGAACCGUUCCACCACGGGCGUCUGUCGACAACCUCCUACCCCAACGAAUCUAUCCAUCCGGAGACGGGCAAGUGGCGUCCGAGACAUGAGUGGACGAGCGCACACGACAUGGUCUAUGCAAAGCUCUGCUACGCCGUCCUUUUGUUCCGGAGUCCACGCAAGUCCAACUAUGUAAUCGCCAAGGGGAAAAAAUGGUUCGUGGACUGGACGACGGGCAGGAUGAUUCGGGUCUUGCCUCCGGGCUAUUUCGAGCAUGAGGUCAUGGGGCCGUGGCAAGUAUGGAGUAGCGAGAAUAGGAGGAUUUAA